AUGAAUAGUGACUCCGCAAGCAUCGGGACACAUCAAUUUAACCAAAUUAUGGAGUAUCUCAUUUAACAAAACAUCAACAACUACGGUAGUUUCUGAUUACUUUGAUAUUUUGUGAGGUUAGAAACUUUUUACAUAAUAAAAAUGUGUGAUAAAGUUAUAAAAAUUGGUUCCCGAAAAAGUGAGCUUGCAUUGAUUCAAACCAGAUAUGUAAUGCAUCAACUUCAAACUUUAUACCCCGAAAAAAAAUUUGAAAUUCAUACCAUGACCACCGUUGGCGACAGGGUUCUAAACGUGGUUCUAAACGUGUCACUGCCAAAAAUUGGUGAAAAAUCUUUAUUUACUAAGGAUCUAGAAGAUGCCUUAACAACCGGCGUUGUUGACUUUGUUGUACACUCAUUGAAAGAUCUUCCUACAUCCUUACCGGACGGUAUGGCAAUUGGAGCAAUUUUGGAAAGGGAGGAUCCGUGUGAUGCCCUUGUAUUAAGAAAAGAGUUUAAAGGUAAAGAAUUGAGUACCUUACCAGACGGCAGUAUUAUUGGUACUUCCAGCUUAAGACGUUCAGCACAAUUAUCAGCCCAGUAUCCAAAUCUUAAAGUGUGUGAUGUGCGUGGAAAUUUAAACACAAGAAUAGCAAAACUAGAUGCAGCAGAUUCACGCAUGACCGGCCUCCUUCUUGCAAAGGCUGGUUUAUGCAGAAUGGGCUGGCACCAAAGAAUAGACGCUGUCGAAUGCCGAGCUUAUGAUACUGAAAUGAUUGAAUUAAUUGCACCACUUUCUCACGAAAACACUGUAUUGCGGGUACUGGCUGAAAGAAGCUUUUUGAAACGACUAGGAGGCGGUUGCAGUGCUCCUGUCGCAGUCUCAACAAUUUUACAUAAUUUGGAUACAAAAAGCGAGUUAGAAAUUAGAGGUGCUGUAUGGAGUCUUGAUGGUAAGACUAAGAUUGAAGAUGUUUUAAAAAUAUCACUGCAGGAUAGUGAUAUAGACCGGAAACCGUCUGAAGAAAUAGUUGUAAGUCCAAAACGAGCUAAAGUUGAUGAUUCGGAUAAAGAGAGUAAAGAAGUUGAAGAUAAAGAAAAUGCAGAAGAUAUUAAAAGUUGUGACAGUUGUGUCUUAAGUAUUUUACCAAUCGGACAAGAUUUCAUGGGUCAAUGUCCGUACCUAGAAGCCGGUCACCACAACAAAGUAAUUGGAAAAUGCCCAUACAAAAUAUCUGAUAAAGAAUCAAGCGAAAACUGUAGUACAGAAAAUAUAGACAUCACUAAAUCCGUUCCAGAAGAUUUACUAAAUUUAUGCCCUUUCUUUAAUAAAAAUAAAACCCAUCCAAUAAAUACCGUAAAAGACAAUAUUAAAGACAUAACAAAAAGUACAAACGUUAAAUUAUUUUGUGGAAUAUUGUUACAAAACAAUAUUGAUCAAAUACUCAUGGAAAAGUGUGAGAGUUUAGGAAAUCAAUUGGGUGACGUUUUAAUUAAAAACGGGGCUUUGGAUGUUAUUAAAAGUGCUCAAGCGCAUAUAAAAGCGACCAGCUAAAUAGAAUAUAUAAAAAAUGGAGCCUUGAGUGUAAAUAAAAAUGCUCAGAUAGAAAUAAUUAUUGUUAAAA